AUUAUAACAUUAUGCAAAUGAGAGAAAGAGUAUGGAUUGUGAGCUGCGGCCCUUUUAAAAUGUACAGGCUGCCGUAUACAAACCAGAACAAACCCCGUUUAAAACACACGCCGAAUUCAGGGGACAGUUUCACAGCGCCGUCGAGAGAGAGGGACGGGCGACCUCUGUGUCCGGAGACAGGCUGCCCCGCCUUUCUGUGUCCCGAAAAUCCCACUGGUUAGUUUCACAGCUACAGAGGUUUGCAGGACGAAUGAAACACCGACACAUUGUUUCAAAGUGCCAUUAAAAACAGCAACAAUAACAACGAUAAUAAUAAAUCAAAGUGCUUUAAAAUGAAGUGGGUUCUCGGAGUCGUGCUGCUAGGAUCCCUGCAUUUGGCAUCGGGGAAGCUCUCCCUUGUUCUGAAGAGUCCGGAGGCAGGGCCAGUGUUGGAGGGGCAGUCAAUCACUCUGGAGUGUCUCUCUGACGAGGACUCAGACAUGAGUGCCUACCACUUCGAGAAAUACGCCAAGUUCAUGGACUCCUGGUUUGCUGUGGACGGUUCGGUCAAUCGCUCCGCGGGUCGGCUCCAGCUCCAGAUCCCUGAGAUCCAGAGCUGGAACGCCGGGCUGUUCCGCUGCGUCCAGAACAACGGGACCAAGCAAGAUAGCAUGUCCAACAGCCUGUCUGUCCUCGUGCACUAUCUGCGCAAUGUUUCUCUGUUCGAAGACAGCAGCUUCUACAGCCACUACUCCAAGCAGCUGAAUGUCCUGACUGUGGCACCAGGGGGCGCUGUGGAGGUGGAGUGCUCCGCCUCUGCCUCAGAGAGCCCGCUGUACUCCUGGAGCAAAGAGGGUGAUGAUUGGGUGGAGGUGUCCAACAAGCUGAAUAUCCAGAAUGUGAGAGAAGAGGAUGCUGGGAACUACACCUGCACUGUGCAGCACCCCUCCGUGCCGUCACUCAGCAGGACCCACUCCCUGCAGCUGCUGGUGGUGCCUGAUGAGGAGAGAUGGGGAGAGGUGGAAGUGUGCUUUUCGGGCCAGACCCUGCUCAUCCUGACUCUGAUGACUGGUAUCGCGGCUCUGGUUCUGGUCGUGGUCAUCGUGUGGCUGGCAGUGUACUUGUCAAGACGCAGAAUCUCCUCCCUCAAGGGGCCCAUUGAUGAUCGCUCAGUGAAGAAGCCGAUCUACCACAGCAGUGUGGAGUCAGUGGACUCCACUGUGGGAGACUCGCAGCCCCUCGUCUAGAGAGCAGCUGUACAGACUCCUUCCAGAACCCUUUCCAAACGAAAUCCUGAGAAAAUAAAACCGUUUGCAUUAGCUUGGCAUGAUCAGUAUAUUUCUCAUUGACGGUGUUUUCCAUUGCUUUAUACGAGAGCACCCGGCUCAUAUGGGGCUCCCUCAUACAUUUACUCGCUAGUCUCUCUCUUUUCAUGAAAGGGUUCAAAUAUUUUCGUUUUCUUUUCUUGAGCAUCUCUUCUUAUUAUUAUUUAUAUAUCCACAGUAUUCGUGUUGUAUCUGGGUUGUACCUGCGUUUAGAAUUGAAAUGCAUGGAUUUGAUUGUGUAUAUUUAGGGGGGUAUAUAUUCAAAUCUCUUUGUGCUGUUAAUUCAGAUUUAGGUAACUUUUCCAGCGCGUUUCUGUGUGUUGGAAAGCCUGCCUGGGAUGAAGCUGAGGGCGUUGCUUUCUCUUGCACUCUCUGUUUUUUCCGUUUAAAUAAACACAUAAAUAAAUAAAAUCGUCUUUCUGAACUGUGCGAGUUAAUCGCUGCGUUGCUGAUUUCUUUAGAGUGUGUGGGUUUGUUGUUGAAAUUAAUAUUCUCGACGUGCUGUGUCUCUUCAUGAAUAUUAAUCAAGAAGAAGAUCUGUUCCCCUUCAGUGUAGAAUAAAAAUGCACAAGAAACCGAGUCGAGCAGACCAGAAUUGGGCUCUAGUGCCUUCAGCAGAAACGUCCUGAAACAAAUAAAUUCUUUUUUAUAAACCUUUUCUGUACAUCACCCCCCCC